AUGUAUUCAAAACUAUUCACAAUCCUACUAUUGAACGUUUUGUUCGUCCGUUCAGAACCCGAGGAAGACCCAUGUGUGUGCAAUAUAGAGCAAACCCAAGUCGACCAGAAAGCUGUAUUUGGGUUUUUGGAAAGAGUACACCAAAUGGGAGUUGCUGAGGCGAAACCCGAUCGCCCUGUAUUACCAGCCAUUCUAGGACCGUUGGUGGCGUGUGGAAAUUGCUUGGAUAGGAAGAAGAGGAACAUCAUGCCGGUUAUCAGUGAGAAAUUCUUCAAAGACAGUACAGAUUUGAGAGCAAAAAGGCAUGAUAGAAGAGAAACUACAAUGUGGAUGCCAUGUCCUAACAUACAUAUAGAAUACCCCGGAUUAGCCUACAUCUGUCCAUUAGACGAAUUUAUUGUAGCUGAAAAUGUUGAUUCUUUACACAAUGUGAUAGGCAAGAAUCACACUAGUUACACCGUGUUCAAUAAACUCGGACAGAAGGUGUUUUUGGCGGUAAAAAAUAAACACUGCAGAAGGUUUGACUUGAAAAUCUUUAAUUAUUACGGUAACGAGGUGAUACAAGUGAAAAGGCCUUUUAGGUUAUGUCUGAACAGAAUUGUAGUGUGGGCCCCUCCAGGAUAUUACGUGGGUUCCGUGGAACAAACAACUUGCAGGAACUUCCAAAUCAAAAAUAAACAUGGCGAAGUGGUUGUGAAGAUAAAAGCUAAAGGUUUCUUCCAUUUUGUCUAUGAUAUAUCGUCGCGGGAUGAAGUGAUUGGGAUCGGGACGAAAUGGAUGGUUCUGGAUGUUAAGAACUUCAGGAUCACGUUCCCUGUUGAUAUUGAUGUGGGAGAUAAAGCAGUCAUAUUAGGUGCAUGCUUUUUACUGGCCGUUUGAAGUAU